ACUGUCGGCUUGACCUUCGAACCCGAUUUAGUAACACAGAAGGCGACGCAUUUCCGUAGCAAUCGGAAGGAGAAAAAUAAAAAAAAAUAUUCCAAAUUGGAGACUCUGCAAGGAAACACGAGUGAGGCCCCUGCAAAUCUUACCUAUUAGGGUGCUUUGUCUUUCUCUUUCAUUUCUCUUCCAUUUUCGAAGCUUCUCGAGAGCUCAUAUAAAAUUGGCCAAUUCCAAAUUCGGGGUAGGGUUUCCAAAGCUUCAACAUUUAGUCACCCAAUCCAAUGAAACGGAUAGCUCCAAGCUUAGCUUAGGGUUUCGGUUCUCUGAGACUGAAGGUACGCCGGUGACUUUACCGUUUUUGAAUGGCGGCAGCGAAUCCACAGCCACUGCAGGCUCGUCCUUAUGAAGAACAUGUGCGAGCGCCGAUACAGAUCGAGGAUGACGACGGCGGCGAGUACGGGGACGGUGACGCCAUGGAUGAAGUUGAAGAGGCGCACGUGAAUUCUGGUGUGAACGUGCCGGAGCGUCACGUCGGAGUUGGAGGUGGACCUGGUAUGGUUAUGGAGUCGAGGACCAGUGAACUUACUCUUUCUUUCGAAGGGGAGGUUUAUGUUUUCCCUGCUGUUACACCUGAGAAGGUGCAAGCAGUGCUCUUGCUUCUGGGUGGACGAGACAUACCCACUGCGGUACCUACUAUUGUAGUACCCUAUGAUCAAAAUAACAGGGGCAUAGUUGACACCCCAAAGCGUUCAAAUCUUUCACGAAGAAUAGCCUCCCUUGUUAGGUUUCGUGAGAAACGGAAGGAGAGAUGUUUUGACAAGAAAAUAAGAUACACUGUGCGAAAAGAGGUUGCACAGAGGAUGCACCGUAAGAAUGGGCAGUUUGCAUCCUUCAAAGAAAGCUUGGGUGGUUCAAGUUGGGACUCUGUGCAGAGUUGCCUACAGGAUGGCACUCCUCGUCCUGAAACCGCUGUUCAGAGAUGCCAACAUUGUGGUGUUAGUGAAAAUAAUACUCCUGCAAUGCGUCGUGGGCCAGCUGGACCAAGGACAUUGUGUAAUGCUUGUGGCCUGAUGUGGGCGAAUAAGGGAACAUUGAGGGAUCUUAGCAAAGGAGGAAGGAAUCUUCCUAUAGACCAAAUUGAACCUGUAGCCCUGAUUGAUGUCAAGCCUUCUAUCAUGGAAGGAGAAUUCUCAGGCAACCAGGAUGAGCAUGGAACUCCUGAAGAUCCUUCUAUGGCUAUAACUGAAGUAUCCAACAAUCCUUCUGUCAAUCCAGAGGAAGUAGUUUUGCAAGAAGGUACUGAAGAUCUGUCUAGUACUUUGCCAAUGGGAGUUGUCCAUUCUUCAGCAGAUGAUGAUGAGCAGGAACCUCUGGUUGAGCUUUCUAAUCAUUCGGAUACAGAAUUGGACAUUCCUGCUAAUUUUGAUUAGAAGGUGAUAAGUCGCUUCUGUACACAAAUGUUGGGAGGGUUGGUUAGUAAAUGGCACUAUCAUUUUACUGCAUAUUGUCGUCGUGUUGCAGAGGGAAAGUUAGUGAUACCUCAUAAGAGGGGGUAAUUAACAAAUUGAGUUGUAACUAGAAACAGGCAUGAUGUUGGAUCCCCAAGUAUAGUCAUCCCGAGACGGGAGAAGACAUGAUGCAGAUAACUCCAAAAUAGCAGGCGAUAGUCCUUGUUGAUAUUUGUGCUGGAUCUUGUAUGUAUGAAAGUGAUUUUAGCAGUCUGUAUGUGAUUAAUUUAUUAGGUUACAUAAUUCCAAUUUGCUUCAAUUGUCAUUUUUCACUUGGUAUGACUCAAAUAAAUCUGCUUCCAGUGUUCUGUUGUCUAA